AUGUUUAAGAAGGGCAAACUAAAAGGUGUUUCGAACCCAUUCAAGAGUUCAAAAAGUACAGAAUCAAACAAGGAUGACAGUGCUAAAGCUCCCAAACCGAAGAAUAUAGGCCCAGGCAAUCCAAUGCUCGCUCCGACAUCAACUAUGAAGAAGUUUACAAGCUCCAAUCCUCUGAAUAGGUUAUUUACAACUGAAGUUGUCGCAAGAUAUGGAUUUAACGGCAAAGUUGUUAAAGUUGCUUACGACCAAACUCAAAGUUUGAUGGCUCUUGCGACUGAUAUGGGUGAAAUUCAUGUGUGUGGUAGACAGCAGGUUGAGGUAGUCUUUAGUCCUCCGGAGAGAAUAACAGAAAAGAUUUCCAUUAAAGAGAUGGCGUUUGUUAAAGGUAUUUAUCUUGUUAUUAUCGACUCUAAAGACACUCUCGUUGUUAUCUCACUGCAUAACAAAAAGAUCUUAGCUUCGACCUAUCUACCCGUCAAGGUCAGCUGUAUGGAAACCGAUCCAACAUUAGAUUGGGUUGUAAUAGGUUUAGAGAGCGGUGGAAUUAUGAUAUAUGAUGUAGAUAGAGAUCAGAUGUCUGAUAUUCGAAUUGAGAACUUGCAAAAAGGUAAAUUCUUCCCUAGAGAAAAAUUGUCUCGUGUAGUUUCCAUACAAUGGAACCCAAGAGAUAUUGGCACUUUAUUAAUUUCCUAUGAGUUAGUUACUGUCAUUUACUCAUUUUUAGAAGAUGACGUCAAGCAGAGUUUUAUUUAUGAACUAGAAGAGUAUGCUCCAGGGGGGAAUCUCUCUAUGGAUUAUACCAAGAGAAGGAGGCCAAAGGUUAUACAAUCUUUGUAUCAUCCUAACUCCUUACAUAUCCUAACAGUUCAUGAAGAUAAUUCAAUGGUUUUUUGGGAUGCUAACACCGGUAAAUUAAUCCAAGCCAGGACUUUAUUAGAUGUUGAUGUGAAUGUACCACAACCUGACUUGACAAAGGCUAGAUUAGAGCAGCCUGAAAGAAUAAAAACUGUCAAAUGGAUUUGCCAAAAUAAUCCCGAAUAUACAUCGCUAUUAAUAACGCAAAUCCCUCUAGAUAAGCAACCACAACAUCAAAACUUGACAAUAAUUGAUUUGGGUGGAACUCCCCUAUACACAAUUACCUCGUAUGACAAAAUGAGUAACUACUAUUCAAACAUGACAAGCCAAAAGUUGGUACCUCUUCCAAACAAAACACCUAUUGUGGAUGUGGUUCCAAUAGCAAGAAAAUCUCCGUUUUAUGCAGGAUGCCACGACCCUGCAGUUGUUUUAUUAGUACUUGAUGAUGGAUGUCUGGAAACCAUCUUAUACCCAUCAGGAUCAUUUACCUACAAAGCGUCAUUGUUUCCCCAAAGUCUGUCAUGGGCAAGGCCAGAGACUACUGCAAUGGUUGCAACAUCUGUGCCACAAAAGCUAUGGCUCGGUUUAUUAUCUUCAGCUAACAAUAAAGAUUUCAUCUUGAAGGGAGGUAUGCAAGCCAAGAAACCAGCUAGAGUUCACGAAUAUAGGUCAGCCUUAGCUACUGGACAUGCAAAUGGGUCUGUACGACUAUGGGAUGCAUCUUUUGGUGAAUUAGAUGACAAUUCUGUAUUUGAAGUAAAUUUAGCGAGAGUAUUGAAUAUGGGAUCCAACCUAUCUAUUUCAGACAUUUCAUUUGCAACGGAUACACUUGAAUUAUCUGUUGCUACAGAAACUGGUGUAGUUGCACUUUUCAAAUUCGAAGUUAACCAGUUUUAUGAUCCGGAACAUAAGAAUAAAGAUCGUGAUAUGGAGAUGAGAUUUAGACGAUUCUCGAUCGGUAGUAGUAAAGAAAUGCUGAUUGAUGUACGUGAUAGAUCUCCUGAGACCGUCAGACAAGGAUUUAUGCCAAGUACAGUUGUCAAUGCACAGCAUGGACCAACUUCAGCGUUGACUAACAGCAAUAUUGGCUUUGUGGCUAUAGCAUAUGAGGACGGAACUUUUGUAGUUGUUGAUCGCAGGGGUCCCGCUAUAAUCUAUAUGCAAAAUGUUAGAGGAUUACCUGGGAUCAAAGGUCGCAAAUUUACUGCAAUUGAGUUUGCCAUUAUGGAGUAUGGAGAUGAUGGCUAUUCUAGUAUUUUAAUACUUUGCGGUACCGACGUAGGUGAAUUAGUAACAUUAAAAAUUCUACCAGAUAGUGGGGGCAGAUUUGUUGUUGAAUUUGUGGAAAUUAAACAGACCAAUGAUAAAAGCCCUAUACUAAAGAUAGAUACAUUCGAAAAGAAAACUACUGAAAGCUGUUUUGCCACAAUUUCAAAAAUGCAAGAUCUAGGUAAAGGCGUAGUAAUCAACGGUAUGGUAGUAGUGACUUCUGAAACGGAUAUAAGAUUUGUUGAUCCUGGUAAAUCUAAAGAAGGUCACAAAUCAUUCAAACAUAAAAUUGCAACAUCUGGAAUAUCACACAUUACUUUCAUCAAUGCUGUUGGUCAGAAACAAAGCUUGUGCGUCUUGAUCGUUCUGGAAAGUAACGGUACUGUCAAAAUUUUCACUACACCUGAUAUGAAAGAGUUGAAAAGCAUGCAACUACCCUUCCCAAUACAAGCUCAGUAUAUUAGAGAGUCAUCUGUUCUCCGGAAUGGUGACAUUAUGACAAGAACAGGCAAAUUCCAAUCGUAUCUAUUCUCAACUUUUGAUCAGCGCGCUAUCGGGUUAAACAAGGCAUAUACCCAAGAACAAGUCGAAAAGCAGGACACAUUGUAUAAUCCAGGUUUAAAAAUUCCAUGGAGACCACAGGUAAAUUCUUUACAACUAGCUAGAGGUACAUCUUAUUGUACUCGUGAGCAAUUGGACUUACUGCUGGGUGGUGAAAGAAGACCACAGUCCAAAUAUGAGGAAAGUGAAAUUGCUAUUGGUACUAUAUCUCUUCGCAAAGAAACAUCAGCUCCUAACUCACCGAAUAUGCAAAACGAUGAGCAUGCGUAUAAAAAGCCUGUCAGUAGAAGAGGUAGAAAUAGCGGUUACGAAUAUUUCAGAAGUAUGUCAAGAGCCGUGGAAAACCAAUGGGAUGCAGUUGAGGAUGGAAUUAAUGAAUAUGCAACAGCUAUUGGUCAAGCUAUGAAUGAUACUGUGGAGGAAACAAGUAAAGACAUGGUUAGAGGUGCGUUUGGAUUCUAG